AUGUCGGAUUCCUCGCCGGACGCUGCCGCCUCAACCUCUUCCUCCGCCACCGGCGUCGUCCCGUCCCACUCCCCAUCAAGCUCCCUCUCCAAAAUCCAAGCCUCCAUCCAAACCCUCUCCGCCAUCGUCCCCUCCAUCCCGCCGUCCCUCCUCACCUCCGAGAACCCGGCCCUCUACCUCCUCCACGACCCCGACGUCUCCGCCACCAUCUCCUCCCUCCUCCGCCGCCCCGACUCCGGCUCCGGCGACAACAACCUCUGCCGCUGGCUCUACGACACGUUCCAGUCCACCGACCCCCAGCUCCAGCUCGUCGUCGUCCGCUUCCUCCCCGUAAUCGCCGGAUCCUACCUCUCACGCGCCGCCUCCUCCGGCCUACGCGCCGGCAAGACCCUCGCCGGGUUCGAGGCCGUCCUCCUCGCCCUCUACGCCCACGAGACCACCGCCCGCGACGGAAACUCCGUCACCAUCAACAUCCCGGACAUCUCCCACCCGUCCAUCUACCACGAGUCAAAGAUCCCUCCUUCGAAAAACAACGCCACCGUGCUCAACAUCGCCGUCAUGUCGCCGGCGCUCGAGCCACACGGCACCGUGCGGUCCACGCGCCGCGGGAGGAUCGUGGGCGUCGCGCUCGAGCUCUAUUACAGCAGGAUCUCCCAGAUGCCCAAGGACUCCAAGAUGGAGUUCUGCGAGUUCUGCGAGAAGUGGGCCGGCAUCUCGCGGCCCAAAUCCGGUGGGUCGGAUGGAAAGGCCCGCGAGGAGGGAGAGGGAGGAGGUGGGAGGAUACCUCUGCCGUGGGAGGUGAUGCAGCCCGCGUUGAGGAUAUUGGGCCACUGCAUAAUGGGGCCCAGCAAAGAUGUCCAGCUGUACGACGCGGCCUGUGGGGCCUGCCGGAGCUUCCACGCGCGGGCCCUGCAGGAUAUGGACGCCAAGGCGAUUCUGGCGACCGGGAGUCUUCUCAGGGUGGCGGAGAUGUCGGUGGAUCCCAAGAAUAAUGUCGAUCAUACGGAGAUUAAAUUUACGGAAAGUAUUACCGUUUGA